AUGCUCGAAUUGAAUGGGUUUUCUGCCCAGAUCAUGAUUGGAGAUGUGGAGAUGAAAGAAUAUGGAGUCGAGAUUGACGAAAAGGCGAAAUUGGUAACCUGCUGGAUCGCGUCGGAGGUUGGCCAGCAAUUUUCUGUCAAGUGGCGGAGGACUGGACACCGGAGACGCGGCUCACACAACAAAGAUAUCUCUGGCAGGGUCUUUGUGGAUGGGAUGAAGUGCAAAGGGCAGAUACUGCGGAAGGACGAUUGGGAUCCUAUACAGAGGAAGGGAAUCAAAACGGACAACGGCACGAAACUCCUGCCAUUCCGAUUCUCGUCGUUGGCUCUCACCGACGACGACCACUAUUUAGAUCAGUCCUUACCAGAGACAAUCGGUUCUAUCGAGCUCAAAAUCUACCCCGUAUCUCUCGGGUCAAGAACUGGCUCCUGGUCUACACAACGGGAAGGGGGGAGGGCACCGCUCGUGGUCCACGAACGCACAAAGAAAGGACUCUCUCAACAUGUUGGAUUUGGGGACGCAGUUGCUUCUCGCCAGCGCCAUACGAUUAGCACAAAAUACCUGGGUCCCCCGAUAGUCAUUUUUCGUUUCAAAUAUCGUUCCUUGGACGUCCUUCGGGCAAGCGGAAUCGCCCCACAGGCUGCAUGCGACACGACUUUGGAGGUCGCCAGUAACUCGAGUUCAUCCACACGAGCAAAGCCUAACCAAUCGAUCCCCUCCACUGCAGUCGCGACAGAUAAACAACUCGAGGAUGAGCUUGAAGAGCUUAAUGAACGUAUGCUGGCUGUCAAAUCGCAAAUGGCUCUGCGUAAAGUUGGAAAGAGAGAGGACGGGAAGGUCCCGGUCAAGUCUGAAGGGAAAGCGUCGCCUCGAAUCGCCAAUCCACAGCCCAUGGUCAUCGAUUUGACUUCAGACUAG